ACUCGGAAGUUGCUAGCUCGGCCGCGCUAACCCCUCGACGUUGUCCUCCACUCGUUUUACAUUUUUGUCAAAAAGCGAUUGUUUUGUGAGAGUGUCGCCGCGCCGAAAUGGGGAAAGCAGACUUCCUGUCACCCAAGGCGAUAAGCAACCGGAUCAAAUCAAAAGGUCUCCAGAAGUUGAGGUGGUAUUGUCAAAUGUGCCAAAAACAAUGCCGCGAUGAGAACGGCUUCAAGUGUCACUGCAUGUCCGAGUCCCACCAGCGGCAGCUGCUGCUCGCCUCGGAGAACCCGCGCAAGUUUAUGGACUUCUUCUCACAUGAGUUCAAAAGUGGAUUUGUGGAGCUGCUGCGAAGACGUUUUGGGACCAAGCGCGUGCACAACAACAUAGUGUACAACGAGUACAUCAGCGACCGCGAGCACAUUCACAUGAACGCCACGCGCUGGGAGACGCUCACGGACUUCACCAAGUGGCUGGGCAGACAAGGUUUGUGCAAGGUGGACGAGACUCCCAAAGGCUGGUACGUCCAGUACAUCGAUCGCGACCCCGAGACCAUCCGCCGCCAGGAGGAGCUGGCCAGGAGGAAGAAGCACGAGCUGGACGACGAGGAGAGGAGCGCCAAGUUCAUCGAGGAGCAGGUCCGCCGGGGCCGCAACGCCAAGGAGGAGGAGGAAGAUCCUGUUUACACCGAGCUGAAGCGAGAGAAUGAAGAGGAAAAAAUUGCUUUCAACCUGGGUGCUGCUGCAGCGUUAGCUGGUCCUUCCACAUCAAGUUCCCUGGUGGCCUCCAGCGCUCUGAAGAAGGCGUCCUCAUCCUCAUCGGUGAAGAGGAAAGACACGUCCUUGGUAACGGAGGCCAGGGACAAGAAGAAGAAGUCUGCCCUGGAGCAGAUCAUAGAGAUGGAGGAGAGGAAGAAGAAGCAGCAGCAGCAGCCGCCGAGGACCGAGCACUGGCUGGAGCCCGGCAUCGUCGUCAAGGUGGUCACCAAGCGGCUGGGAGACAAGUACCAUAAGAAGAAGGCCGUCAUCAUGGAAGUGCAGGAGAAAUACACGGCGGUGGUGAAGAUGGUGGAUUCGGGGGACAAACUGAAGCUGGACCAGAACCACGUGGAGACGGUCAUACCUGCGCCAGGAAAACGCGUGAGGAUCCUCAACGGAAGCCACCGAGACACCGAGGCCGUGUUGGAGGGGAUCGACGAGAAGAACUUCUGUGCUAUGCUCACGCUGGAUUCCGGUCCGCACAAGGGCAAGCGAGUGGACGUGGCCUACGAGGACUUCUCUAAACUGGCUUGAACCAUCUUUCUUUCUUUAUGUCUCAGGUGAAGGACACUACUCUACCAUGUCAGAGUUUUAAUCCCAAUCAAGUCCAACUUUACAUGACAGAUUUCAAUGAAAGAUGUAAAAAAUAUUUUAAAAAAGCAUUCACAGGAAGCUGUAGAGGUGAGGGACGAUGUAGUGGCUGUAGUGGCCGUCAAUGAAGCCCUUCCCGCUGUUGUGUACGAACCAGCAGUAGACGUCCCACCCGCGCCGCUCGUCCCGCCGGUAAUCCUUCUGCCAGCCCCUGAGCGCAGCAGCAGCCACCAAAUGGCGCCGUUUAGGACCAAACCUGACUUUUUAAUAUUUUUUUUAUGAGGAGGAGUAACCCACCUGGUGACGUGCACCUCCUUGCCCUUCACCUCCAUGGUGGCCUCCUUCUUCAGGGGGUCGGCGCCAUCGUGGAUGUCGUACACGUUCACUUCGGGCUCGUUGGAGAACUGACCUGAACCGUAAACAAUAACAUUUAUGCUAUUUCAUUCAAAUGUUACAGUUACGUUUGUUGUUUGCAAUCGGGCACGCGUCUAUAAUAAAUGUUGAUGUAUUUGCAAAUCACCAGGGCUGUCCAAACUUGUUCUUUUUCCUCCAGUGAGGGCCACAAUAGUGACACAUGAAAACCAUCUCAGAUUUGUCGUAUAGGUGGAAAAGCAAGUUAUUACCGUCAUUUUGCCCUGGAUAAGCCGCUACUUUUGGGUGCAGCUAAUUUAUGGCUAGCGUUGAAAUACUGUGCCACUCAAUAAAACAGUCUGACUCACAGUGUCAUCUUACGAAGAACACAAAAGUCGCUUAACACUCAAAAGGUGUACCUAAGAAAUAUACAAGCAUGUACCAAUACCAGUUUAAAAUGGAGAAAAAAACAACUCUUGUAAAGUCUUCCCAUAAUGCAUUGCGUCUGAGCAAAGCACUCAUUGGUGCCUGCCAGGAGGUUGCAAUGACGUCAGCCUCCCUCUGGUGGACAGAGGGAGCUGCUUGUUCUCCAAGCGGCUAAUGUAUAUACUCAUCUGUUUUUUCCUCUAAAUUUAGUGGGUGCGGCUUUUACACCGGAAUUUACGGUAAUAUCAACUUCACUCUUUCAUUUUUGCUGGGGGUUUUUUUCUUCAUAAAUUCUGUAAAUUUUCUUCCAGUAAUAUUUACUUUAUGCCCCAACAUUAUGACUUUAUUACCAUGAUAUUUUGACAUUAUUCCCUUUUCAUUAGCAUAUUAUGACAUUAUCUCCAUAAUAGUAGGACUUUUUCCCCAGUGUGUUUUUCCCAAAAAUGAUAACCUAAGUUUGUUGCGUUUAUCAUAAUAUUACCACUGUUACAAAAAUAACUUUAAAAAAAAUAGAUUUCAAGUCUGUGCUACUGGAAUUACAUUAUUUUUCCUCAUAUUACGAAUUUAUUCUUGAAAAUGUACACAUUUUUAUCUUGUUAGAAUGCGACUUUUUUCUUGUAAUAUUUUGUUUUUAUUCUCAUAAAAGUACAGCUUUUUUUCCAUUUCUGCUGGGUUUUUUCCCAAAUACACUUCUGAUAGAAAUCUUAGGACCAGUUGAAAAAUUGCUAGAAUUUGCAUUUUGCACAUUUGGCCCGAAGUCAGCUGGGAUAGGCUCCAGCAUACCCCCGCCACCCUAAUGACAAGUGGCAUAGAAAAUGGACGGAUGGAUGGAUGGAUCUUAAUGAGGUUUUAAGUAGAGCUGCAGUGUGCAAAAGUAAGAAGGGGGAGUGAGACACAAAAUUUGGAGCUUGUAAUUAAAAUAAAUAAAUAAGACUGAAAUAGGUUAUCACCUGAUCAAAAGUUUAAGACCACAGGCUAUAAAAGCCCAAAUGUGCUCCAAAUGUUGAUGUAGUGUCAUCAUUCCCACUGUCAUGCCCUCCUGAUGGUGAAGCUAAGAAGCUUUCUCUUUUCCAACGUGGUGGGAGGCCUCUCGCAGCGUGCCAUUGGGAUCAGGAAAUCAGUCAUUCUAAGUUUUUGAAAGAUCCUGAGCAUUAUGGAACAAAAAAGUCAAGUGGUAGACUCAAAAACAUCACACCUGCGCUGAGCCAGAGGAUCCGAUUGGCUGUCCAUCAAGACACAGGGCGGUCUGGUGCCGACUGCAGCACAAUAACCAGAUGCCAUCUGAGGGAAAAGGCUUUAAAAACAAAAAAGCCACCUCAAAAGUGCCCGUUUGGACUUUGCCAGGGAGCAUCAAACAUGGGACAUUGGAAGGUAGAAGAAAGUUUUAUUCUCUGAUGAGGAAAAAAUGUAACCUUGACGGUCCAGAUGGCUUCCAACGUUACUGGCAUGACAAGGAGAUCCCACCUGAGAUGUUUUCUACCCGGCACAGUGGAGGGGGUCCAUCAUAAUCUGGAGUGCUUUUUCAUUCAGUGGCGCACCGGAGCUUCAGGUGGUGCGGGGUCGUCAAACGGCGGCCGCUUACGUGCAGAUGUUGCAGCGGGCAUCCCUCAUGACCGAGGGCCCUCGUGUGUGUGGUACCAGCUGGGUUCUUCAACAGGACAACGCUGCAGUUCACAAUGCUGGCUUGACCAAGGACUUCUUCAGGGAGAAUAACAUCACUCUUUUGGACCAUCCUGCAUGUUCCCCUCAUUUAAAUCCCAUAGAGAACAUUUGGGAUGGAUGGCAAGGGAAGUUUCUAAAAAUGGCCAUCAGUUCCAGACAGUUGAUGCCCUUGGUGAAGCCAUCUUCACCACUUGGAGCAAUGUUCCCACUAGCCUCCUGGAAACACUGGCAUCAAGCAUGCCCAAAGCCAUCUUGGAAGUGAUGAACAAGAACGGUGGAGCUCCUCAUUACUGAGUCCUACUGACAACAUUUGUUGUUCUGCUUUGGAGAGUUUUUGGAUCUUUUUUGAAUGAUGGUCUUAAACUUUUGAUCAGCCUAUUUCAGUUGAAUUGUUCUUUUCAAUAAAUGACUUUUUCAAAGUGCUUUUUGUCUCACCCCCCCUUCUUGUUUUUGCAUAUUGUAGCUCUACUUAAAACCUCAUUAAGAUCCGAAUGUGCAAAAUGAUCAUUCUAGCGGUUUUUCAACUGGUCUUAAGGUUUUGAUCAGGAGUGUAUUUCAACUUUUCUUAACAAUAAUAAUAAUAAUAUAACGUUUCCUCCAACCUAAUUCUGAGGAAAAAUUGUAUUUGUUUCAACUUUCUUCUUAAAUAAUCUAGGCAUUUUCUUCAAAAUAAUAUGACUUUAUUCCCAUAAUAUUAACUUUUUCUCCAAAAUUUUUUCCCAUAAAUGACACCUUCAUGUUGUUUAUUUCUCAUAUUACAACUUUUUUUUAAAAUAACAUAGUUUUUAUAUAAUAUAUUUAUAUAAUAUUACCAGUUUAAUCUCAUAAAAUUGCAACUUUUUUCUUUUUAGAAUAUGUUUUCCUUGUAUUAGUUUGACUUUAAAAAGGGGCAGAGAUAAUAAGACUUGUCUUCUUUCUGCUUGGAAGAGUGUUUGGUUUUAUGUCAUAUUGUUUGUUUUCUUCUCUCUUGAAUGAAAUAAAUGUUUCAAAUCAAAUCAAAACUUUAUUCUCAUAAAACUACAGCAGUUUUUUGGGGGGGGGAAUUUUCAAAUAUUGAAACAUUCUUCUUGUAAAUGUAUUCUUGUAAUAUUAUAACCCAGUUUUCCAAAAACUGACAGCUUUAUUUUGUUUAGUUUCUCAUAAUAUUAUGACUUUUUUUUUUAAUUACAUUUUUAAUAUUUCAACGCCAUACUGCAAAAACUGAUUUUUUUUUUAUUGUUUUUUCUUUUUUUAUUUUUGUCAUUUGCUUUUUUCUUGUUACAAUGCAACUUUUUUCUCUUAAUAUUUUGACUUUAUUCUUGUAAAUUGCUGCUGAUUUUCCUUUUUUUUUCUUUUUUUUGUGUAAGUUUUCUUGUUAAAGGGUAUUUUUCAAAUGUGCCGAGGGCCAAUAAAAACAGCUGAGGGCUGUAAACGGCCCCUCACCCGCACUUUGGACACCACUGGUCUCCAGUGACCGUUGUGACUUGUGCAGUUUGCCUGCCACUAAAUCCUAAAGUGGUACCUAUGAGGCCGUGGACAAGGGGGGAGUAGCGAUUGUCGUUGGGCAGGUAGAGACCCAGGAAGUCCACGUUGACGGGGUGUUUCUUCCACACGCGAUGCAGCAGAACCAUCACCCGGAUGCCGUGGUUGAUGAUGACUGAGACCCUCCGGUCCUUCACAACGGAGAUCCUCAACCUGGAAGGAGGUGCGGAUCAGGUCGGACCACCCGGCUCGGACGCGGGGGGCUUACCCGUCCCGCACGAUGUCGGCCGUGGCGCCCCAGGUGAAGGUGUAGUUGCUCUUGCCGUCACUUAGGACGAUGGCGGCGGUGCUGACGGUGACGGCGACACCCGUGGGCUGGUGGUACACGGAGAUGACGCCAAAGUAUGUGGCGUGUUUGCCCAAGUGCUCCUUUUUGGCGCCGAUCAGCUGACCGUUCACCGCCACGCCUGUACGCAAGCUCAGAAUUGGACCUUCACAAUAAAAGCAUGCAGGGAGGUGUGUGUGUUGUACCUGUGCCUCUGUCUGACACCAGGUUGAGGAUGUGUCCCGGUUUGGAGUCGAUGUUGAAGCAGACGUCCAUGUUGCUUUGGGGCAGGUGCACUAUGAAAUGAGGGUCGUUGUCCACUGAGAAGGUAGAGAGAGGAAGUGUUUUGCGUGUUUGUCGCGUUAAAAAAGAUGCUGUGCAGUACCUAAGUUGACCUGCUGGGGCAGCGUCCACUCCUCCGGUCCUUUCUCUACGGGGCUGGGCGGAGCCGGCGUGGUCAUCUGGACCCAGGGGGGAGGCUGAUAGAGCACCUGCACUGGAGCCAGCCCAGGUGUCCUUGAACCUCCCAUUACUCCUCCUGCAUACGUUUUGUAUUUGGCACAUUAGGAAAAAUAUCAUUUCACUACACUUUUUUUUUUUUUCAAAAAAAGGAAAAAUCAGCAGUAAUUUUACAAGAAUAAUGUCAAAAUGGUGAAAGAAAAAUUUAUUUUUAUGAGGCGAUGUAUUGAUAUGAGAAAAAAUCAAUUUAGUAGCAUAGAGUUGAAAUAUUAAAGAAAAAUAUGUGAUUUGAAAAAAUAAAGUUGUAACAUGAAAAACAAAACAUUUUUGCACAUUUAGAUUGUGGAAAAAGUUGAAAGAAUAAAUUCAUAAUUAAGAGAAAAACAACUUGAAGUAGUUCGAAAACAGCAGAAAUGGAAAAAAUUUUUACAAGAAUAAACUCAGAAUAUGAGAAAAAAUAACUUCAUUUUAGUAGCAUACAAUUAAAAUAUUAAGGAAAAAAUGUUAUUUUGUUCAAACAAAGGUGUCAUUUUUGGACAAUUAAGUGGGGAAAAAGUCAUAACAUUUUGGGAAUAAAGUCAAUAUUACGAGAACAAAAUUUAAAAGAAGAAAGUUGAAAUAUUUGUAAAAUUUAAUAAAAACAGCAAAAAUUAGAAAAAAACUGUAAUAUGACAAGAAUAAAGAGGAAAAAAUAGCAUUCUAACAAAAAAAGUUGCCAUUUUAUGAGUUUGAGAGAAUAAUAAUGAUCAAAAAGCCGUUAGGACGGCAGGAACAUAAUAUCAUCAGCUAGUAGUCGAGUGUCCCACGUCUAGCGAUAGCGUUUACAGUAGCAGGCCCCGAACUCUGGAACACUCUCCUGCCAAACCUUAGAUCUGCUACUUCAGUCCCGAUUUUUGAAUCAUUGGUAAAAACACACGUGUUUCCCUCACUGCAGGGAAAAAGUUUGGACACCCGUAGUUUCAACAUUCAGGCACCUGAGCAGCAGCCUUGCUUGGGGUCCUUCGGGGAGUCGGCCAGCAACCUCUCCUUGGCGUCCUCGCUCUCCACCAGCAAGGCUGUGAGGGGCGUGACAAACUGAUGCUCCAUUGCCAACGCCAGGAUGCGCUGCGUGAUCUUCCUCUUCUUGGUGGCUGUCGGCGCCAAAGACCUGAAAAGUGGAGGGAAAAAAAACAAGCAAUGUUCUCCACUUCUGCUUGUUAUACUGGGACCUUCUCAACUGCCUUCCUUGAGGCCGACCUCUCGCUGAUCAUCUGCUUGAUGGUGACAUAGGCCCACAGCUGCCUGGCGAAGCCGGUGAAGGAGUGCUGCUGCUUGGCCAGCUCCAUGUCCAGCCUGGAAGUGUCCGCCUCCGUCUCCAGGGUGAUGUCCAGCAGGGCCUGCGGAGUCAGAUGAGAUGCUUACAGAACCGGUGAACGGUCGCACCUCUGUGAUGCGUUUGCAUGUCCCUCACAGCCGACGCAGUGGUGAAGCUGGUCAGAGUGUCGCUCUCAGAGGGCAGCACCUUGCCAGCCACCACCAGCUCGGAGCCCCCAAAGUAUUUGUCGAAUUGGUUCUGCGUGACGUCAGACACGGAGUCCUCUGGGAACUGGACGGUGAUCUUGCGCAGGAGAGGGUUGGCCACCUGGCUGUAGAAGGUCUGCAGAAGGUGGAAGUACAUGCUUAGAAAAGUGCCUGGUGGUAGAUGGCCACAAGACGCUGUGCUGGAUGUUGUUAGGAAAUCGUUAAUGGCAGGCGGCUCACCCGUAGCUGCUCGGCAGCGUCGUGGUUAGCAAAGAUGCGCUGGGCCAUGCCGCGGUUCUCCAUGGCGAUGCGCUCCAGGAAGUCGUAAUCCACAUCAAAGCCAAUCCCCAAGGAGAAGAGAGAGAAGUCCUCCCUCAUGACCUUCUUCACAUUCUUCUGGAUGGUGCUCAGCUUGAUCUCGCCUUCAAAACACUCGUUUGUACUGGCUGUUUAAACGGCAGGAUUUGAUCCAUCAUUGGAGACUCACCCACAGUGGGGUCACCAUCAGACACCAGGAUGAUCAUGGAGACAGAGCGAGGGUCGAUGAGUCCCUGAUUGGACGCCCGCACCAGGAUCUGCACCGCUUUCAUCAGUGCUUCAUUAAUGUUGGUUCCUGGGGUCAAAGAGUUACAUGUGAGCAACCAGCUUUCUUCUCCAAGCCCUCAUCUGCUCAUGGUACCUCCAACGGGUUUGAUGUUCUGGAUGUACUUUUUGGCGUCUGCGAUGUGUAUGGAGGAUCCAGGCAGAAGUUCUUCACUCCAGCAGCGCACGUUGUGGUUGAAGUCAAUGAUGCUGAACUGGUCGUCUAUGGUGAGGCCGUCCAAGAUGGCUUGCAUGGCCUCCACCGUCUAAGAGAGACGCUCUAAAGUCAACGCUAUUUUGCUGAAGAACCGCAAAGUGGCACCAGUUCAUCACUCACUUGCUUCAUCUUGACCCCCCACAUGGACCCGCUCACAUCGAUCACAAACACAAUGUUUUUAGGGAGCGGGGGCAGGUUGGACGGGGCGAAGAAAUGGACAAAGUGGCCGUCCGAGACCUGGUGACACCCUUUGUGAUCAGUCACGGUUUUACGGCGUGUCAGAAACCCGUGACCGGCUGUUUUUUACCUGCAGUUCACCAGCAUUGCUGUCCCGGGUCACGUCGUAUUUGACCUUGAAGACGCCGUCUAUGGCGCUGUCGUUGCAGGUGUCACACUUCCUCUGCUGCUGCAAUGUGGGCUUGAAGACCACGUGAGCCUGAGGGGGCCAAAAAAACAUUAGAGGUUUCUGCACUUCCAGAAGCGCAACACAGCAUUCCGCCCGGGGCUCGAACCAUGGUCCUAUGAAUGAGUGCCGAGAGUGCUUGCCAUUGAGCUGAGAGCCCAAGCUGUCGACUUGAUGUCUAGCACGACUCUUGAGUUGUCAGGGAGUGAGGUUUUAGGGGGAUGCCAGUUGGUACAGCUGUGCAAAGGUACAUUGGUAAACCAACUCUCAUCCACGUCACAGCAUCAAUGUAACCCGAAUGGUCCACUCCUGCACAUGCCUGGGGUUCGAACCAGGGUACACCAGAGCUAAAACUCGAUGUCCAGUGUGACUCUUGAGGUGUCAGUGAGUGAGGUUUAGGGGGUUGCGAAUAACGGAUGCCAGUUGGUGCAGCUAUGCGAAGGUACAUUGGUGAACCUCACUCCCUUUUAGGUUUACCAACUGUUACGCGCACCCCACCUAAACCUUACUCUAACCCAGGUCACAGCACCAAUGUAACCCGACUGGUCCACCCCUGUGCACGUCUGGUGCUCGAACCAGGGUACACCAAUAAGGUGAGCUCAAACUCAAUGUCCAGCGUGACUCUUAAGGUGUCUGGGAGUGAAGUUUACCGAUGUACCUUCACACAACAUUACAUAAGGUCUUACCUUCUCCGGGGAUUGUGUAACUUUGACCAGGUCUGUAAACUUCUCGCCCAAAGUGUUGGUUGUUUCCAACUUGAAGAUUCCCUUUGGCUCAUAGAUGUAGACAUCCGCCUAAAGACACAACUCAGGGUUGCUGGAGGACAUGUUGUCUUUUUGUAAUAUAUGGAGAAUAUAAGCACCCAGUCAGUUCCUCACCUGGAACUGAGGUACCAGUCUGCCAGGCUGCAGGUGCAGUGAGUGCUCAUAAAAGCCCAACUUCCUCUGCAUCAUCUCUUGGUAGUUCAACUCAAACUCAAUGUUGCUGCCAGGGGGGACGUGCACCUCCGUCUUAAAGGUCUCCAUGUCCUGAGAGUUAGCCCUGUUGCAUACAAACGUUCUUAGCUUCCUCUGUUCUACCUUCGGGUUCAAUCCGAGAGAGACCUGGCUGACUACCUGACGAUACCGGCGGCCUUGCCUCUGGCUCGGGCCUGGGCGUACAGAUUCCUGGCCACUGUCUUCUCCUUUACGGAGCCUGUGAAUGUGAUGCCGUUGACGUUCCUGCGGCACAAAAAGCGUGACAGCUGUGGGCAACCACAUGCUGCGUACGAGUCGCAUCUCUGAGGUGCGGCGUGACCUCACAUGGUGAAGUUUGUGAUAAAGGCCCUCUUAGGGAUCUGCACGUUGAAGCCGAUGGUCUGGGCCUUGGACCCAGAGUUGACCACCGAGCUCCGGACAGUGGUGUGGGCGAAGCGCGACGUGAUGCGGCUCUCCACUUUGUAACUCUUGACGGUGAUGUCAUCUCCUCGGAUGGCCUGGCCAGGAAGUGAUGGAUUGAGAAGAUCUGCAACAUUUGAACAUUCCUGAAGCAAGUGGAAGAGUCCCAGGGAUCCCACCUGAAGAGGCCUGCAGCGUUGGUGAUGACCAGCUUGUAGUUUUGCCCCUUCUUCACCUCCUCCAUCAGUAGGGUGGGGGGAGGCGUCUCCUCCUCCGAGCUGCUCUGCGGCAGGAAGUCGCCGUACAUGGAGUAGGUACCCACUAAGAAGUAUUAUAGCCACAAUCAAAAGGCUAAAAACCAGACUGGGUGUCUGCUAAAUCAAUCUAAGUGUAACAUGUUGCUUCUACAUAUAUAAGUCAUGUUUUGUGGCUGAACAUCAUUAAGUUAUGUUAUUUUAGCAUGAUUUGCAAUAACUUAACAUUUACAAAAUUCAGUUAUGUUGACAGAACCUCCUGCUGGGUCGGAUAUCAAAUGGCGUGUACAACUCCAGAACAGAAGGUGGCAGAGUGUGCGAGCAGGGAGUGCAUUUCCAAACUACUACGCCCUCCCUCCCCGUGCGCACUUUCUGCCAUUUUGUAACUCACAGCAAGUUUACAGACAGGCAGCAUCGUGGGAUGAGGGGAAACAUCAUUUUGUCUUUGUGUGAACUCCAACUGGGGCAAGACCUCACUCCCAAUCCACCCUUUCCUGACUGAGAACCACGCCCUCGGAUUUGGAGGCGCUGAGCCUCAUCCCAGUAAACGCUGAAGGCGAUCCUCGGGCCCCCAAACUGGACGCCUUGGCUGAGCCUCGACAUUGUGUCCGUACAAGUUAUGAACAGAAUGGGUGACAAAGGCAGCCUCGGCCAGCUUUGCACUUACUCUGAUGUCUUCAUUAGAGUAACCCGUCGUAACGCCGCCGUGGCAAUUAGUGAGGGUUGAUACUGUACGUGCAGGAAAAUUCAUGCAACGUCAACAAAGCAACCUUGUUGACUCCGCCCCCUCCACUCCCAUUGGCCGGCGGGCUGUUGACCUGGCGGGGGCCCAGGGGAUUGAGGUAGUCUCGUUCUUGUUCAAAGUGCAACGGAAGACCGAGUUCCCACCUCCCCACGUGUGAGUCAUGCUUACUUUUGAUAUAUUUUAUAUAUCUUUUGUAUGUUCAACCUUAGUUUUUUUAGUGCCACAUCACAAAAAGGUGAAAAGACAACUGUAGAUGUUAAAUUGAUGGAAAAUAAGAGUCCAAUAGAAAACCUUCAUCACCCAGCAUCCAUCCUAUCAACAUAUUUGAUUUUCUGUUUUUUUUCUGCAAUGAUCAUAGAAUUCUCAUGACACUUCCACCCUUUCCAUCUUCACCUCUACGCAACAUUUACCCACCCCAGCCAAAAUUCCGCUAAAAUAGUCACAGCUGUUUGUGUUUGCUCAGCUUCCAUUUUCUCCAAAUGAAAUCCACACAGUUGCAGUCAUUUGUGCUCUUUUGGGCCGUUAUAAUGGUCAUUUGUGCUGGUUUGUUUUUUGAGUUAUGGCAGAUGAUUUUAUAGCUCAAUAAAAGUUCACUCAGCCCCCACCCCCAUUUCCUCCAAAUUAAACCAAAAUAGUCGCAGUUUUUCGUUAUUGAGUUAUUGUCAUUGAGUUUAUAGGUCAACCUCUCAUUUCCUCCAAAUAAAACCAAAAAUAGUUGCAGUUGUUUGUGUGGUUUUGUGCCGUUAAAAUGGUUGUUUGUGCUGUUUUCAUUUUUGAGUUAUGACAGAUGAUUUCAUUUGUAAGUCAAAGUUCACUCAACCUCCCAUUUCUUCCAAAUGAAAACAAAAUAAUUGCAGUUGUUUGUGCUGUUUAGUGCUAUAAAAACGGUCACUUGUGUUGUUUUCAUUUUUGAGUUAUGACAGAUGAUUUCAUAGGUCAAAGUUCACUCAACCUCCCAUUUUCUCCAAAUGAAAUCAAAACAGUCAUAGUCAUUUGUGCCGUUUGUGCUGUUUUGGUUUUUCAGUUAUGACAGAUGAUUUCAUAGGUCAGUCAAAGUUCACUCAGCCCCCCACUUUCUCCAAUGAAACCAAAAAAGAUGCAGUCAUGUAUUAUUUUUGUAUGUGGUUGAAUUUGUGGUAAUUUGUGCUGUUUUGUGCCAUAGAAAUGGUUACUUGUGCUGUUUUUGUUCUUGAGUUAUGACAGAUGAUUUUAUAGGUCAAUCAAAGGUCACUCAGCCCCCCCAUUUCCUCUAAAUGAAACCAAAAUGGUCGCAGUCGUUUGUGCUCUUUUGUUCCGUUAAAUGGUUGUUUGUGGCGUUUGGUUUUUAAGUUAUGACAGAUGAUUUUACAGGUCAUUCAAAGUUCACUCAGCCCACCCCACCCCCAUCCAUUUCCUCCAAAUAAAACAGAAAUAGUCGCAGUUGUUUGUGCCAUGUUUGUGUUGUUUUGUGCAAAUAAAAUGAUGGUUUGACCUGUCAUUGAUUUUGAGUUAUUUACGUAAGGUUGAAAUAUCUGGGGAUGAGAGAACCAGCCCCCUUUGACAUGCUCAGAAUGAAACCAAAACUCAUAUUCUUUUCCACAAGUGAUCGAUUGUGCUGCUGCACUUUUUGAUUCAUGAAAGAUUUUACGGCUGUGACGUCACCAAGUACCGCUUGCUCCGAACUGAGCAAAAGCAGUCAUGACGGCCUUACUUGAUCCUAUCCGCCCUGAUGGCGCUUGCGUUCCUCCUCCUUGUUUGUCAAGUAAAAACAGGCUUCAAUGCAAAUAAAAAAGAAAGCAACGCAAAA